UUUUAUCGAUAUUGAUAGGACCCGCCCAGAAAAGAUCUCUGUCAAAACAAACAACAACCACUCUACUACGAGGAUUCAGCAUCAUGGCUAAAGCAAGGACCACAUCGAAACAUUCUCGCGCCGCCAGACGGGAUAUUUCUCCGAGCGCCAACGUCGACAAGUCGUUGUUAUCUGCACCUCGCGCGGAAACGACAGUCAUUCAGCGUGACUCUAUUCUCUCCGAACGUGCGAAUGCCGGUAUCUCAAAGAAGCAACCGAAGCCCAAGAAUCUGUCAAGGGCCCAGCGCCAAAGGCAACAGAAGGGCAUGGAAAAAGCAGAAAUGGUGGUUGAUCAGCUGGAGAAUAAGGUGGCCAAGAGUGUCAAGCGGGGAAAUAGCGUGCAAGCGCGUAGGGCCGACUGGGAAGACACGAACCGCAAAUCGUCCAAGUUUGAAGCCCUUCAACUGGAUUCUGCACCUAAGUCGCGGGAAUCGAAGCCCGCACGUGUGACGCAAAACCCGGUGGCCGACAACCAUGCCGGCAAUGACGAGGAUGAAGAGAUCACUUGAAGUCGGGGAUGGCGAUUGUAGCAUUGCGCAAGGGAAAUAAUGUACGGGUGUCAUUAAGCACUAUUUCCUGGGCCUUAACUGGUUGAUCAUCCGAUCAAUUUC